GGCAAAGUAGUUUUCUCGCAGUUUGGAAACUUUGCGAUACUCGGUAAAAAGUAUCACUUUAACGCCAGUCUGGCUCCUACCUUCAGGACAUACACAACACCUUUAAUGUUUCAAACAGUGCGACAGUGAUAAACACUCAUGUGGUCAAAAUGUCUACGGAAAUUGUGCCAUCUCCUGGAGAAACCGACGUCGUUACCGAGUUGUUGGAGACGGUAGCAAUAGCUUCGUCCGAGUCUCCGCUGAGCACAAGUGAAUCAAUACCUUCAUCGACUGAACUAGGUGAACAAAUGAGCAUCAGCGCGAGUGUUCUCAACAAGACGGACAUUGAACAUGGAUACAGCGACACAACAGUGUUCGAAAUUUUCAUCGGAAUUGAAAUUCUCAUGACAACCAUAGAAUUAAUCGUAUCAAUCGUAGCAGCUAUCAAAAUGCCCCGCUGGAGGCGUAACUACAGAAAUCAAAUGCUAAUGCAGUUAACCUUCGCAAGAUUCAUCAAAAGAAUCAUAUUUACAGUGAAGUUUAUGGACGAUCAUCAUAAGAUAACGCAUUCUACCGUAGUCACCGACUUAAUACAUUGUUUUAGAAUUUACAUAGACUUUGUUAUAGUAAUUUUAGUGUUCUUUUUUAUUAAGCACAUGUACAAUAGCUUGAUUAUAGUUUUAGUGAAAAUUAGUCACAAUAGUUUUUAUAGAGUGUUAACUUGUUCGUGGUUGAUUCCUAUACCCAUCAGUAUCGGUUGGACAGUGGUGAUCAUCACUGAGUUUGUGGACGAGUGGUACGUGAACCUGUUGAUCUGCAGCUUGUUCCGAUGGCCGCUCAUCUUCCUGGGCACCGGACUUUACAUCACCAUAGUAUACAGAGUGCUGUCAGACAAGAUUCGCCAGUUCGCCAGAAGUUUAACAGUAGUCACGUUCUUUCUUUGCCUAACAAUCAAUGUCUAUUUAUUCUCGAAGGAUGUAUUCGACCUAUGGUGUAUUCAUUCCUUAUCAACUUUAAUAAUAAGUUACAUAUCAGGGUUUCUAAUGAAUGUACUUAUACUCAUUCUGUAUAUAGUUUUAAUAACGUUAAGUUACAAUAACAAAGCACAGUCGUCGCGAUCGUUACCUGAGUAUAGUCUAGCAGACGUUAACGUUAAAUGUUAACAUUCUGAGAGGAUUACGUCUGUGUUUCUAAUUGGUGUAGCUGCCUCAGUAAUUAAGGAAUUAUAAUUUAUUUUAAACA